ACUAACGUCAUGUCCCCACCCAUAAACCGUACAUAACAAAACAUAACUCAAACGAAGUCGUUUUGCUCUUUUCAUUUCUAAUUUCCUUGUCCUAAAUGCGAUCGCUCUCUUUCGCUGAAUCAUCAUCAUCACCGAAAGUCUCACUUUGACUCUCCACACACCCAUCAUCUCUCCCCCAAGCAUAGACGAAAACUCAAAAGUUGAAAUUUUUUAAAAAUCGGAUUUUCUUUUCCCGAUUGACCCAACAACCGCAAUCGAAUUUCAACUUCCGGAGUCGUGUCUCUUCCUCCUCUCUCCAUCAUCCAAAUCCACUUGAAUAGACAUAACCAAUAAAAAAAAGAAAACAGAGGAAAAAAGAUCAAAAACCUCCAAAACAAAUGUUAUCUCCCUCAACUCCACAGAGCUAAAACCCUAAAACCAAUAUGACGACUUUCAUCUCCAACCUCUCUCUCCUCCUCCUUGUAAGUUUCUUCUCAAACCCUGUGAUCUCCGAUUCAAGAGGAGAGACGGUAGCUCAGGUAUGUACAAACAGAACAACGACCCCUCAGCAAAGAAGUCUCGUCGUAACAAACUUCCUCGCCGCCAUGGACGCCGUCUCUCCACUAGUUGAAGCUAAAGGCUACGGCCAAGUAGUCAACGGCACAGGGAACUUAACGGUUUACGCUUACGGAGAGUGUAUGAAAGAUCUCGACAAGAAAGACUGUGACUUAUGUUUCGCUCAGAUCAAAGCUAAAGUCCCACGUUGCUUGCCCUUUCAACGAGGCACUCGUGGUGGUCGUGUCUUCUCCGAUGGUUGCUUCAUCAGGUACGACGAGUAUAACUUCUUUAACGAGACGGUAAGUUUGCUAGACCGGACUAAUUGCUCUACUAAGGAGUUAACCGGAGUAAACCGGACGUUGUUUCGAGAUAACGCUGUGGAGUUGGUGAAAUUUAUGAGCGUGGAGGCGGUGAAGAACGGUGGGUUCUACGCUGGUUUUGUGGAGAGACGUAACGUGACGGUUCACGGUUUGGCUCAGUGUUGGCAGCCUGUUACUCGUAGUGGUUGUGUUGAGUGUUUGAGUAAAGCUUCAGAGCAGAUCGGUUCUUGUUUGGGUAAAGAGGAAGGUCGAGUUCUUAACGCUGGAUGUUUUAUGAAGUUUUCUAAUCAGAAGUUUUACAAUAACUCUGGAAACUCAACGUCAGAUGGAGAUGGUGGUAAUAACCAUUUGGCUGUGAUUUUGGCUGUGACAUCUUCGGUGGUGGCUUGUGUUCUGUUGGUCUCUGCUGUUGGUUUCUUGUAUAAGAAGAAACGUGCCAAGAAGCUAAGAGAGAAGAAGCAACUAGGGUCACUCUUUAUGCUUGCCAACAAAUCUAAUCUUUGUUUCUCCUAUGAGAAUCUCGAGAGGGCCACCAAUUACUUCAGUGACAAGAAUAAGCUAGGACAAGGAGGAUCUGGUUCUGUAUAUAAGGGAGUUCUUAGUAACGGUAAGACUGUUGCGGUGAAGAGAUUGUUCUUCAACACAAAGCAAUGGGUUGAUCAUUUCUUUAAUGAAGUCAAUUUAAUAAGCCAAAUCGAUCACAAGAACCUUGUCAAGCUCUUGGGAUGUAGCAUAACUGGACCGGAGAGCCUUCUGGUCUAUGAAUACAUUGCGAACCAAAGCCUCCAUGACUAUCUUUUCGUGAGGCAAGAUGUUCAACCGUUGAGUUGGUCGAAGAGGUUCAAGAUUAUACUUGGCACAGCAGAAGGAAUGGCGUAUCUACACGAAGAGUCGAAUCUAAGGAUCAUACAUAGAGACAUCAAGCUGAGUAAUAUACUUUUGGAACAUGAUUUUACUCCGAGAAUAGCUGAUUUUGGAUUGGCUAGAUUGUUCCCUGAGGACAAAACUCACAUUAGCACUGCCAUCGCCGGUACACUAGGCUACAUGGCUCCAGAGUAUGUUGUACGAGGUAAGCUAACUGAGAAAGCAGACGUUUACAGUUUUGGAGUUCUUAUGAUUGAAGUUAUAACCGGAAGACGUAACAAUGCUUUCUCACAAGACUCUAAUUCGAUCCUACAAACCGUAUGGAGUCUGUACGGAACAAGCAACCUUGUUCAGGUUGUGGAUCCAGUAUUGGGGGAUAACUUCAACAAGAUGGAAGCGUCACGUUUGCUUGAGAUUGGUCUGCUUUGCGUUCAAGCAGCGUUUGAUCAGCGGCCUGCGAUGUCUGCGGUUGUGAAAAUGAUGAAAGGGAGUUUGGAGAUUCCAACGCCUAGGCAACCACCGUUUCUGAAUCCAGUGAGUGUAUUAGAGAUGAGAAAGAUGAUGUCUCCGAUGACGGAUUCUCAUAUGCAAGAUCAGUCUCAGUCUUCUGGUUGGAGGAGUGACAACAUAUCUGAGAGUUUCUUUGAACCUAGAUGAGCUUUUAAGAUCGGUUAGUGAUGGAUUCUGCAUAUGUAAAAUGAACUGAGAUGCCGAUUAAUCGUGUGUAGCUAAUUGAGGGUAACGUAUGAUCCACGGCACUGUUUUAUAUAACCUAGGAAGUGAACACGGUUAGAGCUCACAGGGUGGAGGGCAAACUCCGGUUUAGUCUCGGUUUAGGUUUGUUAUAAUCUAUAGUAAUUAAGAUACAGCCGUUUGUCUAUGAUUUUUUUUUUCUCAAGUUUGUAUGUUGGCUUAAGUAUGAUUCUUAUUUCAAAUAAAUCACCAGUUGUUG